AUGGCACUCCUCGACAAUCUGCCAAAUUUCGGCAUUCUCGCCAUCUCCGCCAUAUUACUCUACUUUGCAACACAUGCUAUCUACAGCCUCUACUUUCACCCACUCUCAAAACAUCCAGGACCCUUACUCAAUGCAAUCUCUCCUCUUCCUCGCCUUUGGCUGAACAUCAACGGCCGCGAACCUCAAACCGUCCUCAAAUGGCAUCUCAAAUAUGGCCCUAUCGUCCGCAUGGCGCCCAACGAGCUCUCCUUCAUAACUCCGGCCUGGAAAGAGAUCUACGGUUUCAAAAAGCCAGAACUCACCAAGGACUGGACCAUGUACGCGCUUUCUGAGAACACAAAGCGAUCUAUCCUCCUUGCUGGCGCCGAUCAUGGUAGACAGAGAAAGAUGUUGGCUCCCGCUUUCGGGGAGAGAGCUUUGAAGUUGCAACAGAGUAUGUUGACAACAUACACUGGUAUGAUGGUGGAGAGAUUGGAGCAGAGGAUGAUGGAGAACAAGUCUGUUGAUAUGGCCAAAGUGUUCAAUUGUGUGACCUUUGAUACCAUAGCCGAUCUGAUGUUCGGUAAACCCCUCGGUCUCUGCGAAAACAUGGAAUACUCAGACUGGCUUUCCCAGCUCUUCGUCUCCAUCUACCUAGUCGGAGCCUCCCGCGCCCUCCAAUACUUCCCCCUUCUCUUCCGUCUCGCUACUAUGAUGAUCCCAAAAAGCAUGCAAGACUCCAUCGACGCCUCCUAUCAGAACACGGUCGACAAAGUAAACGCGCGUCUCGAGAUGAAGACCGAAAGACCUGACAUGUUGGGAAUGAUGCUCAAGCAUAAAGAGGAAGGCGCAGAGAUGACAAUGGAUGAGUUGUACGCUAACGCUGAUUUGCUGAUGAUUGCUGGAACUGAAACCACUGCAACGAGUUUGUGUGGGUUGACGUGGCAUUUGUUGAACAAUAAGACUGUGCUUGAGCGUUUGACCAAGGAGAUCAGAGAAGCUUUUACCAGCAUCGACGAUAUUACCAUGGAAUCGUUGCCCAGAUUGCCUUACCUAUCCGCUUGCCUGGAAGAAGGUAUGAGAAUGUUCCCUGCCGUACCUGAAGGCAUCCGCCGCAUCACUCCCCCCACCGGCGCAACCAUCAGUGGCCACUUCAUCCCAGCAAACGUCAAAGUCAGCAUCCCUCACUACGCCGCCUACCACCAUCCUUCCAACUUCAGCUCUCCUCACACCUUCGCCCCGGAACGCUGGUUACCUUCAUCCCACCCCUUGCACACUUCCCUCUACGCCUCAGACAAGAAAGAAAUCCUCCAACCUUUUUCUGUCGGGCCUAGAAAUUGCAUCGGUAUGACGUUGGCGUAUCAUGAGAUGAGACUUAUCAUGGCCAAUCUGCUCUGGCAUUUUGACGUGCAACUUGCGGGAGAGAUGGAGGGCAAGGAUUGGUUGGAUCAGACGACGCAUUUGGUUUGGGAUAAGAAGCCGUUGGUUGUGAAAGUGUUGCCUAGGGGUGAGGUUCUGGGAUAG